UCAUUACAAAUUUCAAUCCUUCUAUUUGUUUGUUGGUUUGGUUUGUUGCAUGUUUGUUGGCUUAAUUCGGAAAAUUAUUUUUUACAAUAGGUACAAUAAUUAAAUUCCAGUGAUAUUCAAAACAAAAAAUUAAUUAACAAGAUGACGACUAUUCGGCCUUUUACUUGUGAAGAUAUGUUAAAGUUUAAUAAUGUGAAUUUGGAUCCUUUGACUGAGACUUAUGGCCUAUCUUUUUACACUCAGUACUUAGCUCAUUGGCCUGAAUAUUUUCAAGUAGCAGAGUCACCCAGUGGAGAAAUUAUGGGCUAUAUUAUGGGUAAAGCUGAGGGGAUUGGUGAGAACUGGCAUGGUCACGUGACAGCGUUAACAGUCAGCCCUGACUAUAGAAGGCUAGGUCUAGCCGCGACAUUGAUGAAAAUACUGGAAGAUGUAUCAGAAAAGAAAAAAGCCUUUUUUGUAGACCUAUUUGUAAGAGUAAGUAACAAAGUUGCCAUUAAUAUGUACAAGAAUCUGGGCUACAUAGUCUACAGGAUAGUUCUGGAAUAUUAUUCUGGAGACCCGGAUGAAGAUGCUUACGACAUGAGAAAAGCCUGUUCAAGAGAUGUGAACAAAAAGUCAGUUAUACCAUUAGCACAUCCAGUAAGGCCGGAAGACGUGGACUGAUUUGAAAAUGUUUAAAAUGAUCAUCAAAAGUACUGAUGGAGUCACAUAAUAAAACAAGUUUUUUAAUAAUAAAUGUAUUACAAUUAA